CGCUCCCAGCAGCUGAAGCGUUCAGCAUGGCUGGUCCCAGCACCACACCGCUUGAACUCUGGCCUGCCCGUGAAUAUCGGGGUGCUCUUUGUGCCGCAGCAGGAGGCUUGGGUGGUGGAGAGGAUGGGCAAGUUCCACCGAAUCCUUGAGCCUGGUUUGAACUUCCUCAUCCCUCUGCUGGACCGGAUUCGUUAUGUGCAGAGUCUCAAAGAAAUCGUCAUUAAUGUCCCAGAGCAGUCAGCUGUCACCUUAGAUAACGUCACGCUGCAGAUUGACGGUGUGCUCUAUCUGAGGGUUAUGGACCCCUACAAGGCCAGCUAUGGGGUGGAAGAUCCUGAGUACGCAGUGACCCAGCUGGCCCAGACCACCAUGAGAUCUGAACUUGGCAAACUCUCCCUUGACAGAGUCUUCCGGGAGCGGGAGUCCCUCAAUGCCAACAUUGUGGAUGCCAUCAACCAGGCUUCAGACUGCUGGGGCAUCCGGUGCCUGCGCUAUGAGAUCAAGGACAUCCAUGUGCCCCCACGUGUGAAGGAAUCCAUGCAGAUGCAGGUGGAGGCAGAGCGACGGAAGCGGGCGACAGUGCUGGAGUCAGAGGGGACGCGGGAAUCGGCUAUCAACGUGGCAGAGGGGCAGAAGCAGGCCCAGAUCCUAGCGUCAGAGGCUGAGAAGGCCGAACAAAUCAACAAAGCUGCUGGAGAAGCCAAUGCCAUGCUGGUCAAGGCCAGGGCUAAGGCAGAGGCUAUUCAGCUCCUGGCAGCUGCUCUGGCACAGCAGCAUGGCAGUGCCGCUGCCUCUCUCUCUGUGGCAGAGCAGUACGUGAACGCCUUCUCCAAGCUCGCCAAAGAUUCCAACACCCUCCUGCUGCCUGCCAACACCGGUGACGUCACCAACAUGGUCGCGCAGGUCAGUGUGCUUUUAGAGACCCCGUCUCUUUCCUGGGGGAGGUGA